UAAAAAUAUAAGUUAAUUAAUUAAUAAGUUAUUUGCAAUAAAUGAAAACAAAAGGUUAUGGACCAGAAAAGCACAUUUAUAGAAAGAUUCACAAUGAAUUGAAAAAAGAAAAUUUAAAAAAAGAAUCUUAGUUUGAUAAAGUAUCUAAGAUUGAGAUAAGGAAGUUCUUGCUCAGAUACUUUUUAUCUGAAUGGAAGAUGAUUCUUUUAACUUAAGUUGUUUUGUUUGUAUAAACAUAUUUUAAUAUUUAUUAGCCAUUCUUUACUUAAGAUUUUAUCGAAGCUGCUAUCUAAGGAAAAACAGAUGAGAUGGUAGAGCUCAUCAAAGUAUUUGCUUACUAAAAUCUGUUUUUAAUCGUCUCUGAGCCCUUAUUAGAGAUUUUUAUUUCAAAAUUUAAGAAAAGGUUAGAAAUAAAAAUUCAAUCUGAAAUAUUUUAGCAGAUACUCUCAAAAGAUAUUUCAUUUUUUGAAAUGACUAAGUUUGUGCAUAUAUAGCAAUUAGCAAAUUAAGGAGCUAGAUCAGUUAUGGAUUUAGCUUGUGGUGAUAGAAUAUUUAGAUAACUUAAAUCUAUCUUUAGAUCAAUAGGUCAUUGCUACUUCCUUUUUUAUAAAAGCACUAAAAUUUCACUAUGCUUAUUGGUCUUUUGUGCUUUAAAAGGUUUCUGGAACCACUAUUCUAAUAAAUAGAAAUUGAAUCUAGCGAAAGAUAAUUUUAAAGAUAUGGUAGAUAGGGAUAAUACAUUCUAGGAUAUUAUGUAAAAUGUAAUGACUGUGAAGGCUUUUGGUAGAGAGUCAAAAGAAAUAUAAACUUAUUAAAAAUAAUUAGAAAAAAUAUCUGAGCAAAGUAUUAAAAUUUAAUACUAAAACUCAAAAAUGGAUGCAGUUAGCGAAAUUCUAGAUAGGCUGCAAAAAAUUAUUGUGCUUUAUUAUGGAUCUAUGUAUUUCAUUUAGGAAUAGAAGACUGCAUAAGUGAGUACUAUAACAACUCUUCUGUAAUACUCUAAUUCAUUUAUUCAGGUUUAUAAUGCAAUAAAAGAGCUUAUAGGACUUGAUGAUUAGAAUAUGUAUCUUAUGGUAGAAGCUAUUGUAAAACUUUUCAAUCAGAAACCUGAAUAAGGGCUGUCUGAGUACAUAUAUGUUGAUGUUACUUAACCAGAAAGAAAGGAUGACAAUACAAUUUCAAUUUAAGGUUAUGAAGUAACAAACAGUGAUGUUAGCUCAGAUAGAAAUUAAAUAAGCUAAAUAGAUAAUUAAAAUAAAAGAAGAAAUUUAUUAGGUGAUAUUGAAUUUGAAAAUGUCUGCUACAAAUACAAUAUCAGGAAUUAAGAUGAAUAUGUAUUAAAAAAUAUUAGUCUUUAGAUUAAAGGUGGAGAAUUUAUUGCAUUUGCAGGUACAAGUGGAAGUGGUAAAUCUACAAUUAUCAAACUUAUUGAAAGAUUUUAUGAUGUCAAUGAAGGUUAAAUAUUGAUAGAUGGUAAAAAUGUUAAAGAUAUUAGCAUUGGUCUCUUAAGAACUUAAAUUGGCCUUGUGCAAUAAGAACCUGUAUUGUUUGAUACCACUAUAUUAAAAAAUAUUGUGUAUGGUGUUGAUGCUUUUAGCAUGGAAAUUGUCAAAGAAGUAUGUGACAUCUCAGGAGUUAGUGAAUUUGUUUUUGAUAGAGAAAGAUUCCCUGAUGGAUUAGAUACCUUAGUUGGAUCAAAGGGAUUACUACUAAGUGGAGGAUAAAAAUAGAGGGUUGCUAUUGCUAGAGCAUUAAUUAAAAGACCUAAGAUAUUGAUAUUUGAUGAGGCAACUAGCUCUUUAGAUGCUGAAAGUGAGUUCUAAGUAUAACAGUACAUUGAUUAACUUGUUAAAAAAAGAGGAAUGACAAUUAUUGUAGUUGCACAUAGACUUAGCACCAUAGUUAACUGUGAUAGAAUCUAUGUAAUGUAAAAAGGUUAAAUAGUAGAAUAGGGUUCUCAUAAAGAAUUAUUAGAUUUGAAUGGUUAUUACAAACAGCUUAUAAAUAGGUAGCUUUACAACGAUGAAAAUGCCUCUACUUUAGGUAUUAAUAAUCUAAGUAACUAAAGUUUAGAUAAUAUAAAGUUAAAAAAUAACUAAAAUAACAGCUCUGAUGAAAAUAUAAAUUCACCUUUAGAAACUAAGAAGAAAUCUAAGCAUUAUAAAGCUUAUUAGGAAGAGACAGAUGUUUAUAAAAAUAAAAAAGAUGAUUGAUUAAUAGAAUAAAUAGAGUAUUACAAAAAAUUUUAAUAAGUGUAUUCUUUUAUAAAUUUCUAUCAAUAUAUUACUUAAUAAAUAAAUAACUAACCUUUCAAAUUAUUAUU